AUGACUUCAUUAACACAGAGCGAUGUUGAAAAUCUUUAUCAAUAUCGCGACGAGUUAUUUAAACCGAAUGCAAAACUUCCUGAAUCGUCAAAAAAUCGUUAUAAAUUAAUUCGAACACGACUCGAUCAAAUUCUUUCAAAUUACAAUGAAAUUGAAGAACAAAUUCGUGAUCCAUGCCAACGUGCUUUAUUUUCAUAUUGGAAAGGUCGAGCAUUUAAUAUAUUUCCGGAAUAUGAUAAACGUGCAACAGAUUAUUUAAGUAAAGCAGCACUUCUUCAACCAUCAAAUGUGUUAACAUUGAAUGAACUCGGAGAAAGCUAUGCUAAAAAUGGAGAAUUCGAGAUGGCUGCUAAUUGUUUUAGAAAUGCAAAUAGCAAAGAAAAAAAUCGAUUUGUUUUACGAAAUUUAUCAAUUGUUACUCGACAAUUAGCAUCAAAAGUAACUGAUCGCACAGAGAGAAAUCGAAUGAUUGAAGAAAGUAUUCAAUAUGCUAAACAAGCAGUUGAACUUGAUGUUAAAGAUGGAGCAUCAUGGUAUACCCUUGCAAACUCUUAUGUAUGUUUUUAUUUCAUGGUUGAAAACCAUCCAAAAAAUUUAAAACAAGCAUUCAGUGCUUAUAAUCUUGCGCUCAAAGAUGCAAAAUCCGAGAAUGAUGGUGAUCUACAUUAUAGCCGAGGCGUGGCAUUACAAUAUCAUGAAGAUUAUGCUGAAGCUCUAGCUUCUUAUGAAUGUGCACUUGAACUUGAUUCUGAAAAUGAGGAUGCACGUAAUAAUCAAGAUCAAUUACUUAGCUAUCUACGAACAAUCGCUGAUCUUAUUGCAUGCAAAGGUCGAAUCAAACCAAAAAAAUUUAAAACAUUAAUUUCUGUACUGAAUGAGGCUCCGACAUUGAAUAAUAAUAUCGUUCCACUUGAAUUUCUUCAUACCGGAGAAAAUGAAAAUGUAACUUAUCGUGGUACAGUUGUUGCUAGUCUUGGUGUACAGGAUGUUAAAUUAAUGUUUAUAUUAGCUGAUACAGAAGAACGAUGUGUUCUUGUAACUGUUUAUUACAUUGAUAUAUCAACAUCUGUUUCACUUGGUGAUAUUAUUGAAAUUGCAAAACCAGUCUAUCGUCUAAUGAAUAUCGAAUGGCGGAAAGAGAAAUUUUCUAUUUCAUCAUUACGCGUUGAUUCACCCAAGAAUUUAAAAAUCAAUGGAAAGGAUUGGCCAAUGAACACCUAUGCACCACCAGCUAUUUCACUUAAAGUUAAAUUUUAA